AUGUAUUUAGUACGAAAACUAAUUAUAUUUUGUUAUUUAAUAAAUUCCUUUGGAGCAAACAAUGUCCAAGAAUUUGUCAAAUAUGUAACAAACGAGUUUAAACAAAUAAAAAUAUAUCAAGUUUCUAAGAAUAAUGAACAAUUAUUUUCUACGUGUGAUGCUCAAUUUCGAUAUUAUGGGCAUUUUGAUUUUGUUAUCGUUGGAGCAGGUUCUGCAGGAGCAGUAUUAUCAAAUAGAUUAUCCGAAAUAAAAGAAUGGAAAAUUUUGUUGCUUGAAGCUGGCGGAGACUUAACCAAAUUCAGCGACGUGCCUGCAUUCAGCGAUUACUUACAACAAACAGACAUGAACUGGGGUUAUUUGACAUCGUCGCAGAAAACAUGUUGCCAAGGAAUGGAAAACAAUCAAUGUGUAUAUCCGCAAGGAAAGGUUAUAGGAGGAUCAAGUACCUUAAAUUCAGCAAUUUACUCUAGGGGCUCCCCUGACGAUUAUGCUGAAUGGGUAAACCAAGGUAACCCAGGAUGGUCAUUUGAGGAAGUUUUACCAUAUUUUAAAAAAUCUGAGUUUGUAGCUUUAAAAAAUUAUGAUAGGCCUUAUCAUGGAACAUCUGGUGUAUUGUACGUUAACCAAACAUCCCCACCAUCUGUAAUAGCUGAAGCAUUUUUAAACGCUAACUUAGAAAAAGGUCUAAGCGAAGUCGAUUACAAUGGAAAAAAACAGUUAGGUGUAUCGAGAAUACAAUUUAACAUCAAAAAUAAUUUGCACCAAAACAGUGCGCAUGCUUUCCUAAAUCCUAUAAGAAGUACAAGGAAAAAUUUUAAGCUAAUACUUAAUGCAGCUGUUAAUCAACUAUUAAUUAAUAAAAACAAAGUUAAAGGUGUAACAUUCGUUAAAGAUGGAGUUUUAUAUAAAGCUACAGCUAGCAAGGAAGUGAUAUUAUCUGCCGGUUCAAUUAAUACUCCACAGCUUCUCUUGCUUUCGGGAAUAGGUCCUGCUAAUGAAUUGAAAAAAUUAAGAAUCCCGGUUUUGAAUAAUUUGCCAGCUGUUGGAAAACAUUUACAAGACCACCCAAUUUUCGUCAAUAUGUAUUUUCGAACCAACGUUACAGCUCCUAAUCACACCCUCCAGGAUAACUUAGAAAGAUACAGCCAAGGAAUGACGCCUUUAACAAACGGUGCCGGAUUGGAACAUCUUGCUUUUCUUAAUUUCAAAAAUGAGACAAAUCACAAAGCUGAAAUAGAACUGAUCACUUUUGCCCCACCGUUUAGUGUACCUGAAGAUUUAAAAGCAGCUCAAAAUUUUAAAAAACGUUUUAGGAAAAUAUAUGAAAAGUACAACACGAUGACAGAUAUCAGCAUAAUUAUAUCUUUAAUGAAACCGAAAUCAGAAGGAGCAGUCACGUUAAGGACGAAUAGCAUUUUAGAUUUUCCUUCUAUCAACAUCAAUUAUUUCUCAGAUCUCAAUAAUGAAGAUAUAGAAACGAUGUAUCAAGGAAUAAAGUACGCUUUAAGUUUGGAGCAAACUGCUGCUUUUAAAAAGAUCGGUGCGCAUUACAUUGGAGAGCAACCAGGAUGUGAAAAUCUGAAAUCCAAUGACAGAGAAUAUUGGUACUGCGCUCUAAGACAUAUGACUUCAACAGAGUACCACCCAUCCAGUACAACAAAGAUGGGUCCAACACCAACUGAUUCUGUGGUAGAUAGAAACGGUUUGGUGUAUAAUAUGAGAAAUUUGAGAGUUGUUGGUGCUAGUAUUGUUCCUACGAUUACCAGAGGGCAUCUUUUUGCCACUGUAUGCAUGAUAGCUGAAAAAAUAUCAGAUGUGAUCAAAAAAACUCAUCAUAAGAUGUAGUUAAAUUAAAUAUAUCUUAAUUUUA